AUUGAGAAAACAAACAACCAAAAUACACGGGUUUCAAAGUGAAUAAAUAUCGAAAUUGUUUAGCUUUAGAUAAAAAAUGCAACUACACAAUAAAUUGCCCCGUGCCAUCUGCAUACUCGGUUCGCGAACUCAGUUAUCUAACGCCGCCAAUAAAAUGAUCAAUCAGCGGCCCGGUAUUCAAGCUUUAUUUGUAGCUAUUCGCCUACGAUCACAUUUUUCAGCGGCUGGUAAAUUAUAUGACAUUAAGUCUGGAUUUAAAAGUUUUGUGGCGAAUUAUUCAACGAAUAUGCCUGGAAAUCUAAAACUAUUAAGUGAUGGCAUUCGCGAAAGUGAUCCUGAGUUGUACGCCAUCAUAAAGGAAGAGAAGAAACGACAGGCUGUGGGCUUAGAAAUGAUUGCCAGCGAAAAUUUCACAUCGGUUUCGGUGCUGGAAUGCUUGAGUUCGUGCCUGCACAAUAAGUAUUCGGAGGGUAUGCCCGGUAAGCGUUACUACGGGGGCAACGAAUUCAUUGACGAAAUAGAGCGCCUUGCACAAAAGCGUGCCCUCGAAGCAUUCCGUCUUAAUCCCGAAGAAUGGGGUGUAAAUGUUCAACCCUACUCGGGUUCCCCUGCCAACUUUGCAGUGUACACCGGACUUUGCCAACCACAUGAUCGUAUUAUGGGUUUGGAUUUGCCUGAUGGUGGCCAUUUAACACACGGAUUUAUGACAGCUAAAAAGCGUAUUUCUGCCACAUCCAUAUUCUUCGAGAGUAUGCCCUAUAAGGUGGAUCCACAGUCAGGUUUAAUCGAUUAUGAUCACCUGGAGGCGAAUGCUAAGCUCUUCCGGCCACGCGUAAUCAUAGCUGGAGUUUCAUGUUAUUCCCGUUGUCUUGAUUAUGCUCGUUUUCGUAAGAUCUGUGAUCAAAAUGAUUCUUAUCUUUUUGCUGAUAUGGCGCAUGUUGCUGGCCUGGUUGCAGCCGGUUUAAUUCCAUCGCCAUUUGAAUAUGCUGAUGUGGUGAGCACUACGACACACAAAACAUUGCGUGGUCCACGUGCUGGCGCAAUUUUCUAUCGUAAGGGUGUACGCAAGGUGCUACCAAAUGGCGAAAAAGUGUUAUACGAUUUGGAAGAUCGCAUAAACGCAGCAGUAUUCCCAGGUCUACAGGGAGGCCCGCACAAUAACACUAUUGCUGGUAUUGCCACCGCCAUGAAACAGGCGCAGACAAAAGAAUUUGUUGACUAUCAAAAGCAGGUUAUCGCCAAUGCGAGUCGUCUUUGCGAUGGUUUGAUAAAGCGUGGUUACAAUGUUGCCACAGGCGGCACCGAUGUGCAUUUGAUACUGCUGGAUUUACGCAACAUCGGUUUGACCGGUGGGAAAGGCGAAUAUAUACUAGAGGAAGUGAAUAUUGCCUGCAAUAAGAAUACUGUACCAGGCGAUAAAUCUGCCUUGAAUCCAUCUGGCAUUCGACUUGGUACACCGGCUUUAACUACUCGUGGAUUAGUAGAGUCUGAUAUUGAUGUUGUCGUGGAUUUCAUUGAUCGUGCACUGAAAAUUUGUAUUGUAGCUACUAAAAUAUCCGGUCCGAAAUUGGUGGACUUCAAAGAAGUCUUAAAGUCUAACAAAGAAAUUGCAAAACAAUUGAGCGAAUUACGGAGCAACAUUGAAAAGUUUAGUGCGAAAUUUCCACUUCCGGGUCUUGAAGACUUUUAACUACAACCAUGAUGUACAAUAAAAAAGCUGCUACAAAAACAACAACAAUAAAGAAGGUAGUUCCAUCGUCAGUAAUCGCCUGAUAUUUAAAUAUAUCAUGACAUUUAAAUCUACCAAACCUCCCGGAAAAAUCUUUCGAUAUUGAGUUGUGAAAGUCUUGUAUUCGAAUCAAAAGGAAACAAAAACAUAUAAAUUAGUUGAUUAUCAUAAGUAUGGAGUAAACAAAUGUUUUGCAAAAUGUUUUUCGAUAAUAUUUGAGACGAAACAGUGCCUCAAUAUUUUUAAAGACAUGAAUGAUGCUCCUGUAUAAUCAAUUAAUUCUUGCAUUCAAAAGAGCAGCUUUAGAGUAAUAUUUUUAUAAAGAACAGUAAGAAGCCAUUGAUUUUUGAAAUCAUAUAACCCCAUAGAAUACUGUUGAGUUCGAUAGAUUGGAAAGCACCGGAUGUAAUUUUACAUGCGGCAAUUAACUACCAUCGAAGAAGAGACCAUAGACAGUCGGUUCUAGGAAACCGAAAGGAACCGGAUUUAUAAUCGGCCAAGAACUGUCACUUCAGCAACAUUCCCCGUUUAUGUAUGGGGAAUGUGUAUGCUGAUACAAUAACAACAACAGGAGACCAUAUAUACCCCUCACUUUUUACGAAGAGACUAACUUGAGAUUUACCGAAAUUACUCGGGAUUUAUUAACCACUGCUCGAAAAAAAUAUCCACAAUUAAUUACUAGGCAAAAUGAAGACUUAUAUAGAAUAUUUUUUAGAUGUUUUUGGUAAAAGUUUUUCCGGGUUGUCAAUGUAAGUCUAAUAAGUAUAAGUAUAAUGUGAAACUCUCUGCCAAAAAAAAAAAAAAAUGUGCCAGAUAUUUGCAUGUGGUUAAAUGUACAAAAUAUGUUUUUUAAUUACACAAAUUAGAAAUGGAACUGCCUUCUUGUAUUAUGUCUGCUACUAUUAAUUAAAUAUAAACAUAAAAAACUAA